AUACCGAUAUAUACUGAUAUAUACUAAUGUUUCCACCAAUAACGUUGCGUGCGAUACGAUUAACAAGAAAGCGAGUCGUGAUUCAUAUAAUGUGAUUGAGUCGAAAAUAUAGAAUAAGAUUCUUAUACACGUGGCAUCGGCUUUUUCUCGUUCGCACACUGCGAGACAUUUCCCGCAUUUAUACGUUUGUACAUAAACUGUCGGUACUAAAGCAAUUGCCCAUCCAUUUAGAAAGGGAAGUCUCCUCUCAGGUAUAACGGUCAAAUAUAACGUAUGAAUGCACGCGCUAAAAUGACGGCAAAGAACGACAAAUACUAGCAAUACACACGUUUUAUCAAAUAUUACAGUCAAGGCUAUUUUUUUCGCGUGGGAAAUAAACACCCGUUGUACUUCUUUGCACGCAAAAUUGCUUCCUCAACGACGACUCAUUUAAAAACAUAGAGCUCUUUCAAGAGAAAAUGACUAAAUUGUGGGUAAUUCAAAUCUCAUGGUACGGUACUCUCACACCGUGUUGUGCGUAAUUUGACAGUAAAAUUUACACAAAAAAAGUAGCGAGCUGCAUCGAUCGGUAAGAAGAGGGGAUGAGUGAUGUCUCGGCAACUUCCUCGCUGCUAAACACAUCUCGGUAUUCGAAGAGAAAUGAUCUGCGUAAAGUCGCUACAACUCGACCUCAAUCGGAUUCUCUUGCUGGCAGUCGGUUUAUGGCCCUAUGAACAAUCCAAAUUUGUUAGAGUGCAACUGAUCGUGUUUUACGUUAUCUUGGUAACCAGUAUUAUAUUUCAGUUUACAGCAUUCAUCACUGCUGAAUGCAAUUCGCAAUUGGUCAUCGAGAUUUUCUCAAAUGCAUUCUUCUUCAUUACCCUCGCGAUCGAGUACAACACGUUCAGUUUUAACAUGGACACUGUGAAAUAUCUACUGGAGGUUCUCCAAUAUACCUACAACGAACUGAGGGACGAUGGAGAAAUCGCGAUCAUAAAAAAAUACGGGACUAUCGCGAAACGUUAUACCUAUGUGCUUACGAGCUGGAUUGCGUUAUUGGCGGUAGGAACAAUGACCAUCACGUAUUGGCAAUACGCCCGCGGGAUGUAUCAAGUUGCCAGUUACCGUGUGGAACAAGCUAUAAUGGGCAAUGCUCUAAAAGUAAACGGUAUAAACGACAUUGACUUGAAAAAGAUAAUUUGUGGCAUAGAUAUGCAUCGCAAGGCUUUGACGUUUGUAAAGUAUCUCUUAUCCAAAGUCGAGGUAUCUUAUUUCUGUCUAAUGAUAGGCGUAGUGAUUGUCUUGAGCCUCAAUCUUUAUCGAAUUUUUGACGGCUUAUCAUCCGGAGUUAACAUUGAAAAAUUAAUAUCGCCUACUGUGUUUUUGGUUACCAACUAUAUAUUGAUGUUCCUUGUCAACUAUAUCGCGCAACAAGUUAAGGAUCACAAUAAUCUUUUAUUCAUUACAAUAUACAAUAUUCAAUGGUACAUAACACCCUUGUAUAUACAGAGAAUAAUACUAUUUUUGCUACAAAUGGGCACUAAACCUUUCAACAUGAAUCUUGCCGGGCUAAUGGUAGGAUCCCUGGAGAGUUUUAACAUGUUGACCAGCACAUCUCUAUCCUACUUUGCUGUUAUUUAUUCCAUGAGACAAUGAUUUAUGAAUUAGUGAACUGAUACUGUACAACGUCUAAUGAUAUUAAUGCUAGAUUUAUCAUAUAUAUUAUAUAAGUUGAAAUUGAUAAAACACGUGACAUCGAUGUCGUUAGUAUAAUAUGAUAAAAUGACGUUCAACGUCAGUAUAAUGAAGAUUUUUUUCAAAUCC